AUGAAAAUGAAUGACAUCAAGAGCUCCAACCAGACCAUGGCAGAAGAGAUGGACAAACUGUCAUUUGGCUUUUCCACAAUUCUGAGGGGUAACUAUGUAAUGAGAGAACUCAGUUUCUCUGGAGAAACAUCUACUUAUGAAAGUGCUGAUGACAUGAGCCGUUCUAGAAAUGAGGAUGGGUACUGGUCGGGAGCUGAACUCUCAAAUGUGGAACUAGGAAGACUGUGCACAGCGGCCGGGGCAUCUCCUUUGAGAAGUAAGCAGCUCUCUGAGGCACUUACACAGAUGGACAGCUACAUCCUUAAGAAGUCAGCUCAUGGAUUCGUGUUCUCACACGCAUGGACUUCAGAGGUAGUUGCGAAGGUUUUGGCUGAACUUGAUGAAACUACAUUUAUAGUUCAUUGCAGUCUCAAGUAUUUAGAGCACGUCCGCUUGGAGCCAAAUGAAGUUGCAGACUUUGAUUAUGCCAUUAUCGUCCACCAAACUGGAGCCAAUACACUACUCAAAGAUAAGUAUGGUCGGACAAGCUUUCUGAUAGCAGCACUUGUUGGGUCUGUGUCUAUUCUAGAAUUGUCACUGAAAACAGAUCAUAGAUGCAUUAAUCACUGUGAUGCCUUUGGAAACACGGCCUUGCAUCUGGCAGCAAUAAAGGGCCAGACAGAGGUGAUCAAACUUCUCUUAAAAGAAGGUUUAGACAUUCAGAAAGGAAACAUGGACAGGAUGACGCCUCUCCAUAUUGCAGCUACAAAUGGACGAUACUCUGUUGUGGAUCCCCUUCUCAGCAUAGAAAGAAAUUCAGCUACUUCUAGACAAGACGGAAAGCGUUUUGUCCGAGGUGUGUCUGUGGAUCUUAAAGAUAUUCAUGGCAUGGCACCGAUUCACUACGCAGCCAUGUGGGGUUAUGAAUAUGUAUUAGGAAGACUUUUGCAAAACAAGAGCGAGGUUAACCUGAUGACCGAGAAAUCUGAAACUGCGCUGCACUUAGCAACUCAGGGCAGCCACAUUGAAACUGUACAAUCCUUCUCAGAAACAAGGCUGAUCCGAACUUGUCUGAUGGGACGGGAAGAACUCCUCUUCACAUUGCUGCCGAGGAAGGACAUCUAAAAAUAGUAAAACUCUUUC